UACCAGCUCCCCUUUCCCUCCAAUUCUGAUAGCGAAGCGGGGCCGACGCGCACGGCCGAGGGUCCGGCCACCCCGCUGGCGGACAGGAGAUGCCGCUGCUACACCGAAAGCCGUUUGUGAGACAGAAGCCGCCCGCCGACCUGCGGCCCGACGAGGAAGUUUUCUACUGUAAAGUCACCAACGAGAUCUUCCGCCACUACGAUGACUUUUUUGAGCGAACCAUUCUGUGCAACAGCCUUGUGUGGAGUUGUGCUGUGACGGGUAGACCCGGGCUGACAUAUCAGGAAGCACUUGAGUCAGAAAAAAAAGCAAGACAGAAUCUUCAGAGUUUUCCAGAACCACUAAUUGUUCCAGUUUUAUACUUGAUGAACCUUACCCAUCGUUCACGCUUACAUGAAAUUUGUGAUGAUAUCUUUGCAUAUGUCAAGGAUCGAUAUUUUGUUGAAGAAACUGUGGAAGUCAUUAGGAACAAUGGUGCAAGGCUACAGUGUAGAAUUUUGGAAGUCCUCCCUCCAUCACAUCAAAAUGGUUUUGCUAAUGGACUUGUUAGCAGUGCAGAUGGAGAAACUAUUAUCAUCAGUGAUAGUGAUGAUUCAGAAACACAGAAUAGUUCUUUUCAAAAUGGAAAGAAAAAAGAUUCAAUUGAUCCCUUCUUGUUCAAGUAUAAGGUGCAGCCCACUAAAAAGGAAUUAUAUGAAUCUGCAAUUGUUAAAGCAACACAAAUCAGCCGGAGAAAACACCUUUUUUCUCGUGAAAAACUAAAGCUGUUUCUGAAGCAACACUGUGAACCGCAAGAUGGAAUCAUUAAAAUUAAGGCGUCAUCUCUUUCAACAUAUAAAAUAGCGGAACAAGAUUUUUCUUUCUUCUUUCCUGAUGAUCCACCUACGUUCAUCUUCAGUCCUGCUAACAGACGAAGGGGGAGACUUCCCAAACGACUCUCUGUUAGUCAGGAAGACAGCAUUGCUAAUAAACAGACUAUUGCAGGUUAUAGGAACAAAGCUACUAAAGAAAGAGACAAACUUUUGAAACAAGAAGAAAUGAAAACACUAGCUUUUGAAAAGGCUAAAUUAAAAAGAGAAAAAGCAGAUGCCCUAGAAGCCAAGAAAAAAGAAAAGGAAGAUAAAGAGAAAAAGAGGGAAGAACUGAAGAAAAUUAUUGAAAAAGAGAGAUUAAAGAAAAAAGAAGAAAAAGAGAGGCUUAAAAUAGAAAGAGAAAAGGAGAGAGAGAAAUUACGUGAAGAAAAGCGAAAAUAUAUGGAAUACAUAAAACAGUGGAAUAAACCCAGAGAAGAUAUGGAAUGUGAUGAUCUCAAGGAACUUCCAGAACCAACUCCAGUGAAAACUAGACUACCUCCUGAAAUCUUUGGUGAUGCUCUGAUGGUUUUGGAGUUCCUCAAUGCGUUCGGGGAACUUUUUGAUCUUCAAGAUGAGUUUCCCGAGGGAGUAACCCUAGAAGUAUUAGAGGAAGCUCUUGUAGGAAAUGACAGUGAAGGCCCACUAUGUGAAUUGCUUUUUUUCUUCCUGACUGCAAUCUUCCAGGCGAUAGCAGAAGAAGAAGAGGAAGUAGCCAAAGAGCAAAUAACUGAUGCUGACACCAAAGAUUUAACAGAGGCUUUGGAUGAAGAUGCAGACCCCACAAAAUCUGCACUGUCUGCAGUUGCAUCUUUGGCAGCUGCAUGGCCACAGUUACACCAGGGCUGCAGUUUGAAAAGCUUGGAUCUUGAUAGCUGCACUCUUUCUGAAAUUCUCAGACUGCACAUCUUAGCUUCAGGAGCUGAUGUAACAUCAGCAAAUGCAAAAUACAGAUAUCAGAAACGAGGAGGGUUUGAUGCUACAGAUGAUGCCUGUAUGGAGCUUCGCUUGAGCAAUCCCAGUCUACUGAAAAAACUGUCAAGCACUUCAGUGUAUGAUUUGACACCAGGAGAAAAAAUGAAGAUACUUCAUGCUCUCUGUGGGAAGCUACUGACCCUAGUUUCUACUAGGGAUUUCAUUGAAGAUUAUGUUGAUAUAUUACGACAGGCAAAGCAGGAGUUCCGGGAGUUAAAAGCAGAACAACAUCGAAAAGAGAGGGAAGAAGCAGCUGCUAGAAUUCGUAAAAGGAAGGAAGAAAAACUUAAAGAACAAGAACAAAAAAUGAAAGAGAAACAAGAAAAACUAAGGGAGGAUGAACAAAGAAAUUCAACUGCAGAUACAUCUAUAGGUGAGGAAGAAAGGGAAGAUUUUGAUACUAGCACUGAGAGCAAAGAAAUAGAGCAAAAGGAACUUGAUCAAGAUAUGGUCACCGAAGAUGAAGAUGACCUAAGAUCACAUAAAAGAAGCAGAAGAGGCAAAAGACAAGAUGGAUUUAAAGAAUUGACAAGGCCAAUAGAGCUCAACUGUGUAAUGCAAGAGCCUCUUACUGCUGAUGAGGAAGAAGCUUUCAAACAGGAACAGCAACGAAAAGAGAAAGAGCUCUUAGAAAAAAUCCAAAGUGCCAUAGCAUGUACCAAUAUCUUUCCCUUGGGCCGAGACCGCAUGUAUAGGCGCUACUGGAUUUUCCCUUCUGUUCCUGGGUUGUUUAUUGAAGAGGAUUAUUCUGGGCUCACUGAAGACAUGCUGUUGCCUAGACAUUCAUCAUUUCAGAAUAAUGUGCAGUCCCAAGAUCCUCAGGUACCCACUAAAACUGGAGAGUCUUUGAUGUCUGAACCUACCUCCAACAAGGACCAAAGUCCAUGUGACAUUUCUAUACAGCUGCCAAAACCAGUGCGUAAGCCAAAUCGGUGGUGCUUUUACAGUUCUUGUGAACAGCUAGACCAGCUUAUCGAAGCUCUUAAUUCUAGAGGAUAUAGAGAAAGUGCCUUAAAAGAAACCUUGUUGCAAGAAAAAAGCAGAAUAUGUGCACAGCUAGCCCGCUUUUCUCAAGAGAAAUUUCAUUUUUCAGAUAAACCUCAGACUGACAGCAAACCCAUAUGUACCCGGGGAAGAAGCUCCAGUGCAUAUGACCCAUCUCAGAUGUCAGCAGAGAGGCAGCUUGAACUAAGGCUGAGAGAUUUCCUUUUGGAUAUUGAAGACAGAAUCUAUCAAGGAACACUGGGAGUGAUCAAGGUUGUGGACCGCCAUAUGUGGAGAUCAGCCUUAGAAAAUGGGUGGUAUGAGUUGCUAAGCGAGGAGAACAAGGAAAACGGAAUAAUUAAAACUGUGAAUGAAGAUGUAGAAGAGAUGGAAAUUGAUGAACAAGCAAAGGUCAUUGUGAAAGACAGACUUCUGGGGAUAAAAACAGAACCUCCGAGUACUGUCUCAACUAAUGCAAGUACACCACAGUCAGUGAGCAAUGUGGUUCACUACCUGGCAACAGCACUCUUUCAGAUAGAACAGGGUAUUGAGCGGCGUUUUCUCAAAGCUCCACUUGAUGCCAGUGACAGUGGACGUUCUUAUAAAACAGUCUUGGACCGCUGGAGAGAGUCACUCCUUUCCUCUGCCAGCCUAUCCCAAGUCUUCCUUCACUUAUCCACCUUGGAUCGCAGUGUGAUCUGGUCUAAAUCAAUACUUAAUGCUCGCUGCAAGAUAUGCCGUAAGAAGGGGGAUGCUGAGAACAUGGUACUUUGCGAUGGCUGUGAUAGGGGGCAUCAUACCUACUGUGUUCGACCAAAGCUCAAGACUGUGCCUGAUGGAGAUUGGUUUUGUCCCGAAUGUCGCCCAAAGCAACGUUCUAGAAGACUCUCUUCUAGACAGAGACCAUCCUUGGAAAGUGAUGAAGAAAUGGGAGAGAGUCUGGAGGGUGAGGAGCAUGAAGUCGAUGAUGAUGAAGAGUACCAAAGUGAGGAGGAAGAAUAUGAGGUAGAACGAGAUGAAGAUGACUCUCAAGAAGAGGAGGAAAUCAGCCCACCAAAACGAGGAAGACCACAGGUUAGAUUGCCAAUUAAGACAAGAGGGAGAUUUAGCUCUUCUUUCUCGAGUCGCGGCAAACAAGAAGAUCCUAGAAGAUACCCUUCAAGGAGUCACCAGAGUACGCCCAAAACAACUGUUUCCUCUAGAACCACUGGUAGAAACCUAAGAAAGAUAAGAUCUGCUCCUCCUGCAGAAACGAAAUCUUCAAGAAUUGCCAGUCGUUCUACUCGUCACAGUUAUGGCACAGAGCAAGCAGAUGUAUUUGUGGAACUCCUUAGUCCUCACAGAAAACGCAGAGGCAGAAGAAGUGCCAAUGACACCCCAGAGAACAGCCCCAGCUUCCCCAACAUCAGAGUUAUCCCCGUUAAGGCAGGUGAAGAGUCAAGAUCUUUAAAUAUCACUUCAAGACUUUGUCUCCAGGAUAGUGAAUCCAAGAGGAGAGGCAGGAAAAGACAAUCCACAGAGUCAUCUCCAAUGCCACUGAAUCGAAGGAGCUCUGGCCGACAGGGUGGUGUUCAUGAAUUGUCUGCUUUUGAGCAACUUGUUGUGGAAUUAGUACGGCAUGAUGACAGCUGGCCUUUUCUGAAGCUGGUCUCUAAAAUCCAGGUACCAGACUACUAUGACAUCAUUAAAAAGCCCAUUGCCUUAAAUAUAAUUCGUGAAAAAGUGAAUAAAUGUGAAUAUAAAUUAGCAUCUGAGUUUAUUGAUGAUAUCGAAUUAAUGUUUUCGAACUGCUUUGAAUACAACCCUCGUAACACGAGUGAAGCCAAAGCUGGAACCAGGCUACAAGCAUUUUUUCAUCUUCAGGCUCAGAAGCUUGGACUCCAUGUCACACACAGUGAUGUGGACCAUGUUAGCACACCAGCAGCUACAAAAAAGUCACGAAUCUAAUUUUUGUCCUUCUAAAGGAUAUAUUUCAGGAAAAAAAAAUUGUUCAUGAAAAUGGAACAUUAAAUCAUGCUCUAAAGCAGAUGUGUGUGUAAAGCAAUAACAACUGAUUGACCACUCGAAGUGUGGCCUGCACUAGUCUCAAUUUUAAUAUUAAGCACUCAGGAGAAUGUAGGAAAGAUUUCCUUUGCUACAGUUUUGUUCCGUAUCUAAUAAGUUUGAUAGAUAUAUGGAUACAGUACUGGUUUACAGAGGUUUUUGUACAUUUUGAGAUCAUUCAUGUGUGCAGAUAUCUUGGAAAAUAUUUUUUCACCCUAUGAUUUAUUUUGUCAUUGAUUAUUUUUAGAAGUUGUGGUAUUAAGGGGGAAAUAUCUUCAUAGAUAUGCCUUCUGUUAUAGCACACUUUAGAAAAAAAUGUGUAUAUGUCUUAAGAAUUGUUUAAUGAGCACAUUCUUUCAACACUACACAUGAAUGGAUCCAAUUUUAUAUCCCUUGAAGUGCUGUACCAGUGCUGGCUGGACAUAUUAAGUCUGAGUUUAUUAACUAGAUAUUUAUUUAGCAUUCAGAGUAAUUUGUGAAUUUGUUUUGUAUUUAUAAAAUUUAUACUUGGAAAAUGUUAAUUUUUUAAAAACAUUUUACUGUUUUUUGUUUUAUUUCUCUAAUUUCUUCAAUGUUCAGAAAUUUCAUCCUCCCUUU